UAAUCCUUAAUAACCAGCAACAGUUUGGGCAAAGAUUAACCAAUUUAGAACAGCAGGCCUCCCAGCAAUUCACCAAUCUCCUCAACCAAGUCCAAAGCAUUAAAUCCAUUCGUCUCUCCCAUGAGAGAAAACAAAUCGAUUAUAAUUUACAGCAAGCCGAUGAGUCCAAUAAAUAUUAA